CCAUCAACCCUCUCCUUCUUCCUUGUGUUAUAACAUUCCACAAACAACUCUUUCUUUUAAAUUUUAUAAUAUUCUUCUGAGUCUGUUUUUUUUUUCUCACAAGACCAUUAUACCAGAUCCAUUUUGAAGAGAUCGAGUAGUAUGAGCAGCCAGACGUCGAAGCCGAACGUGGAUGGAGUGCACAUCGAUGUGAAGGUUGUGGAGAGGCCAAUGAGAGAAAGGCCCUACGAUCUGUUGCUGCGGUUUCUUGGCCUUUCACUCACUCUUGUGGCAGUCAUCAUCGUUGGUGUUGACAAUGAGACCAAAGUCAUCUCCUAUGCCGAAAUGCAGUUCAAAGCCACUGCUAAGUGGGAAUAUGUCUCUGCCAUUGUGUUUUUCUUGGUGAUAAACGCGAUAGCAUGCUCAUACGCAGCUGCAUCAUUGGUUAUCACAUUGAUGGCAAGAAGCAAUGGAAGAAAAAACGAUGUGACACUGUUGGGGCUAACAGCGCUAGAUCUUGUGAUGAUGGCUUUGUUGUUCUCGGCCAAUGGUGCAGCUUGUGCAGUGGGAGUGAUAGCACAGAAGGGGAACUCGCACGUGCAAUGGAUGAAAGUGUGCAACGUCUUUGAUGCCUAUUGUCGCCACGUCACUGCAGCAUUGGUCCUCUCCAUCAUUGGAUCCACGGUCUUUCUCUUGCUCGUGCUCCUUUCUGUUCUCAAACUCCAUUACAGAACAGGAAUUUAGAUCUCGAUAUGAUAUGAUACACGCUAUAAUAUAUAUUUGUAGGGUUAAUUAAUUAAUUGAGGGUGUUCUUGUACGUGUGAAUCGUGUUUUUGGCAUAGACCUUGUGCACUUGUUGUGGUUGAUGAAGAACGCCAAAGCACUUAAAAGAUAUAGAUGCUAUAUUUAAUUUAUUAUGUCCUUUGGUAGUGAUUAAAUUGAAUGUGGUUCGUUGGUAGUAAAUAUACUUUACCAGAUGGUAGUUCGAUUUA